CUAAUCUCUUAUUCAUACCAUAUAUAAUGUCAGCUUUCGUCCCUGUGAAUCCCAAGCCUUUCUUGAAUGAUCUUACUGGCAAAGCUGUCGUUGUCAAGUUGAAAUGGGGUGGUGAAUACAAAGGUUACCUCACUUCUGUAGAUGCUUAUAUGAACUUGCAGCUCCAAAAUACAGAAGAAUUCCAAGAAGGUGUCAGUGUUGGUGUUCUUGGUGAAGUUUUGAUUAGAUGCAAUAACGUACUUUAUAUUCGUGGUGCCGAAGAAGAUACGGAAAUGAAUUAAUUUAUAUAUAUAUAUUUUACUAUCGAUGUAUACAUAUUCAAAUAAAAAUCAAAAUCAUCAUAUUAUUUUGAUUAUUACUCUUACUUGUGUCAUUUUAUUACUACAAUUAUCUAUAACGAUACUGGAUUGCGAAAGGUUGGAGAAAAACAUAGUGGAAAUUUUUGACACUUUGGAAUCAUCAUAUCAUAACCCGUCAUCCAUUACUCAUACCCCGUCAUCUCGUGUUCCUGAUCAUCAAUUAUCAUCAAUUAUCAUAAAAUAAAAAGUUAGUGUUCAAAAUACGUUUUGUGCUAGGAGGUAGUCAGAUGUCUAAU